CUCUUCCACAGCGAGCACAGCAGCCUCUGCCCCUCGCCCGUCACCUCGCCCAGCGCCCAGCGCAAAGCCAAGCUCAACGGCGAGAGCGGCCGGCGGACACCCUCUGACCUCGGCGCAGCCCUGAUGCACCCCGGCCGCUACUUCAGCGGCGGCGAGAGCGACACGUGCUCCUCAGCAGAGUCCUCACCCUUCGGCUCCCCGCUGCUCUCCCGCUCCGUCUCCCUGCUGAAGCUCUUCAGCCAGGAGAGCCAGUCCAAGGUCAUCAAGCUGAAGCAUUCGGUGGCCCGCAACAGCUCGCUGUCCACUGACGACAGCUCGGCUGACACCAGUCCCAGUGCCCAGCGCCGCGCCAGGAGCGCCCCGGCCGGGACGCAUCCUCCCACCGCCCUGCUGCCCCUGGACCUGCCCGCGGGCCGUGACCGGGAGCACAGCCUGCGGCUGAGCCGGGGCGGGAGCCUGCGCCUGGCUGCCGAGUACGACCCCUCCAACGCCCGCCUGCGUGUGCGCCUUGUCUCCGCCGAGGACCUCUACGAUGCCCUCGUCGACCUGCGCAGCAUCAACUGCUGCGUCUCGCUGUGCCUCAACCCUGGGAAGCUGCAGAAGCAGCGCAGCACCAUUGUCAAGAACAGCCGCAACCCUGUCUUCAACGAGGACUUCUUCUUCGAUGGGCUGGGCCCCGGCCACGCCAGGAAGAUGUCCCUGAAGCUCAAGGUGGUCAACAAGGGCAGCAGCCUUAAGCGGGACACGCUGCUGGGGGAGAAGGAGCUGCCACUCACCGCCCUCCUGUCCUGCCUGUAGGUACCUGCUACCAGCCCCGGAGGGAGCCCUCCCACCUGUGGGGCCGGGGCGAGGCAGGGAGGCCGGCUCUGUCCCCCGGCCCCGCUGGAGGAGGGUUUGGAAGGGCCUCCUGAGGAGGGCGGGGGUUGUGGCAGAGUGUGGGGGUCCCCAGGAAUGGUGCUGCUGUGGGGCUCUGCCGACACCAGCUGGUAGCCACAGCCUCUGCCUCUGCUCCCUCCCUGGUCCUGCCCUGGGGCUGCAUCUCCUGGAGCCCAGCAGAAAGUGGGGAGCUUCCAGUCCAUUCCUCACCAGGAAGGAUGGAAGCACCUGUUGGACUCUUCCCUCCCUGUGCCUGUGGUCUCCAGCUGCCACCAAGCAGACUGGAGGUGGGUAAAUCUCUGUAGCACACUUACAGCCACCUCUCAAAGCCCCAGUGCCUGUAGUCAGGCAACAGCUUUAAUUUAAAAGACAAGUUUCUAGUCUUGGAAACUGCAAUGAAAAUACUGCAGAGGUGACCCAAGAGUGGGCCAAGGGCGGUCACCCUGGGAGAUGAGUCAGGUUUGUGGCUUUUGAGCCUUUCCUGGACUCGUCCCAGCCCUGGGAGGCUGCAAGGUUGGCUUGGUCUGACAUCUGCAGCCUCCUGGGCUGCCUGCCCUGCCCACCUUAGCACUGUCCCCCACUGCUGACCCCCAGUGGGAGACUGCUCAUGGAGCUUUGGGGGCUUUGAUUUGCCCAAAUCCAGAAGGCUGCCUGUGCCUUUCCCCUGCCCACGGGAGGGAGAUGCUGGGUGCUGGCACCCCUUGCCCUGGGCACACGGAUGGUUCCAGGCAGUGUCCCAGCAGAUCUGUUUGCUGACAAAUGCUGAGGUGACAGGAGCAGCCCUCACUGAGUGCUGGGGCCAUCCCAGACUGGGCAGGGGGGCAGCCUGAGCCUUCACAACCCUCCACCCUCCCUUGCUUAUGAGGGCUGAGAAUCUUUCAAGUGGCUGCACCCACUGGGCAGGAGAGAUGUGUCCUGUGGGGCCACCAAGCUCCUGUGCCCAGCAGGAUCUGGCUUCCCAAAGUGACUGACCUGGCUUCCAGCUUUCCUUUGGGGAGGGAGCAAGGUGCUCCCAACCCUUCCCAUCCCACCCUGUCAUCCUGGCUGACUGGCUGGGGACAGUGGGAGUGGGGAGUGCCGGGGCACUUCUGCGGGUGGAUAAAACACGCUGCGUUGUUGUUUGGUGUGGUGUCACCCAUUGUGUCGGGCUCUGCAUGUUUCUGUGCAGGGAGCAGGAUUUGCAGCGCUCCCGUCCCCGCCUGUUGCAGCACGCGUGGACACACACGCACACAUGUGUUAACCUCUGUGGUGGCAGUCGAUGUUCCUUCCUUGUCCUUUUGCAGCAGAUGGCAGAUCUCAGUGUUGGCUAUUUAUAUCCGAGGCUGAUCUUUCACAGUGUUUUACUUCUGUCUGUAAAUAUGUUCCAGGUACACACGGCAUAGUUCUGAUUGCACCGUGUUUGCAUGUCGGGGGGAUUCAGGGUGAUCGUGGCUGUUUGUCGAGCUUGUGGUUCAAAACAAACCGUGCAGGACAUAAGGAGCUGACAUGUCCGUCCUUCACAGGGAGUUUCCCACCUGAGCCUUCCCUGUGCUCCCCCAGGAGCCAGCACGAGGGAUGGUCCCCGGCCCCCAAGUGCCCAGGCUCAUCCUGGGGGCAGAUGAGGGCUCUGGGGAGCGGGGGAUAGGGAGAGGUGUCACAUUCCAGAGUGUGGGGUGAACAUCCUGCCCCUGAGGUGGUCUGGGGCAGGGAGGGGACCCUGCCCAGCUGGCUGCUGCCUGACAGCCCCUGCACACACCACCAGCACCCUGUGCUCCCUGGGGUGCUGAGCCUGCGAGGGGCAGGGGGGAUAGGCUGCAAGAAGAGGGGGAAUGGGAGCUGGGAUGAAGACUUUGGUGCUCUGAGAGGUUUGAGGAAUGACAAAUCUCCCACAGAAGAACUGUGUGCCUUUGGGUUUGGGGGAGGAAGAUGCUGAGAGCAGAACCCCGGGCUGAUCCUUGGGGUGAGGCUGACCCCAGAGGGAGACCCAAGGGCCUGGGAGCUCUUGUCCUGCCCCACCCCAGCUUGUCCCAGAGCUGGCUGGAGUUGGGUGUGUGGCCAUGCAGUGAGCCCUGGGAUGAGCUGCUGUAAGCCCUGUUCUGUGCUGGGCUGGUGGUGUGGGAGCCAGGGCUGUUGCUUGGAUGGGUCUCUCUGCUUCUGGAGCUAUUUUCUAUUGUUCCUGCUUUGAUAUUUCUGUGGCUGGAUUUAAUGAUGUAUUUUUGGAGUGAAAAAUAUAUUAAUACCUGAAUGGAAUGUUUGUUUACAGAUUAUUUCCUCUUUUUAGUGCAAUAAAGUAAUUUCUAAAACAGA